GUAUUAUCUUUAUGCACUCUAGUCAAUAUUCUGUAGUUCUUUGAUAAAGCCAAUAACAAAAAUGUUUUUUGUUUACUACUUUGUUUACUUGUUUCUACCCUUAAAAACAAAAUUUAAUACUUAGGUUUAUUUAGAUUUCUGUAUUCUCUGUACAUUGUUGAGUGCCAUCAAUACAACAGUUCUGACGAGUAACAACGUGUUGAGAAACUGAUUUCAUAGUUCCUAAUUAUUGUCAAUAUGCUGAACAUCGAUUAUGAAAAUAUUCAAAAGUAUCCUACUGUAGAAUGUGCUCUUUGUGGAUUCAUGUUUCGCAAUAAAACAAGUUUGAAAAACCAUUUUGACUCUAUGCACAGUGGCAAUAAAGGUUUACCAGGUUUUAUCUCUAAAAGGCCUAGAAAAUGUACUGAUUUACAGUGCAUGGAAAAAGGAUGCCGAUGCAAGUUUUACAAUAAACAACUUUUUAUUAGUCAUUUAAAAUUUGAUCAUCAAAUUGAUUUUGAUAUACGCUAUUUGAAUUUCAUUUCUGAAGAUGAGUUUUUAACAUGGAAAGAAGACUUUGAACAAAAAAAUAACAGUCGUUAUGUUCGUGUUACUGGUUGUAAAACACUUCAUGAUGGUAAAAAACUUUCUUAUUAUUAUUGCAAUCGGUCCACUUAUUUUACUAGUAAAUCCAAAGGAGUGAGAAAACGAAGUACUCCUAUUAAAGUAAAAGGUUUAUGUACAGCAUCUAUGAAAGAAGUCCAAAACACUGAUGGAUCUAUUGAAAUAUUACUAUGUGCUACACAUUAUGGUCAUGACAUAUCGUCUGAACACAUGAGGAUGACGAAGCGUGAACGAGAUGAAAUUACUGAACUCAUUCAACAAGGUGAUCAUCCAGAUUUUGUUAUCAAUGCUGCCCGUGCCAAAGCAUCAGAUUCACUAGGACGUAUGCACAUGUUAAAUAGAAAAGAUAUUAAAAAUAUUGAGCGUAAAUUAGGAAUAAGACAUCCAGAAUUUAUCAAACAAAGAACAAUUAAUGAUCUCAGUACAGAUAGAUGGAUUCUAAAGCUACAGCGUACUCCUGAUAAUCCUAUUAUAUUUUAUAAACCAAAUAAUGUAGCUUAUGAAAAUUUUGAACCUAAUGAUCUUAUGUUAAUAUUUAUGACUCGAAAUCAACAACAUUGGAUUAAUAAAUUUGGGACUGAUGGAAUAUUUAUGGUCACUGAAAUGAGCAUGGUUCGCGCCAGAUUAUACUUAACUGUUUUAUAUGUAUGUGAUGAAUUCAAUGUUAUGUUGCCAGUAUGUUUCAUGAUGUGCAAUGACAGUAAAAUAUAUCAAUCUUUUUUUUUAAAUGCAGUUUUUAAUAAAAUGGGCACUAUUUAUGCCAAAGCAUUAAUUACUGAUGACAAUUAUGAUUUAUAUGAAGAUUGGUGUUCAAUUAUGUCACCUGUCAAACAUGUAAUCAACCAAAGAUAUAUUGAUAAUCAGAUAAUAGAAAAGCUUCAGAUUGAAAUUGAAGAUCAAGAUUUACAACAUAAAAUUUAUGACAAGAUAUGCUCAUUUUUUAAUGCACCUGAGAAAUCUGUUAAAGAAGAAAUUAUAAACUACACAAAUAAUAAUCUCAAAAUGAAUAAUAAAACAAAAUCAUUUGGAAUAUUUUUUGAUCAUAUGUUUGCUAGUAGAGCAGAUAUGUGGGCAUUCUGUUAUUUAAAAGAAUCUCUUAAUUUAAAUGAUAUGAUAGAUAUUAACACAGUAUAUAAUCAGAUGAUUGUACUGUGUGAAAAUAAAAAACAUUUUACUCCUAAUUUAUCAAAAAAUAUGCAUAUUUUUUUCACAGCGCUUUUAGAUAUUCAAAAAAUUAGAAAAACUAAAAUUGAAGAAACCAAUAUUUCUAUAUCAAAUAGUCAUAAAAAUGCUUUGUGUUAUAACUCUACUCAUAUUUUCCCUGUAACAAGUGAUAUGUGGAGAAUAAGAUUAGAAGAUGGUACAAGUAAUAAUUUUGUAACUGUUUCCCGGAAGUUUUGUAAAAUUAUUGAUUGUUCAGUAAAAUGUAGUGCGUGUUAUGAUAUUUGUGCCCAUAUCUAUGAAUGUUCGUGUAGUAAAGGAGAAAUAAAUAUAUGUGAACAUGUGCAUAUGUUGGGAAUUUUUAACAAACGGAUCCAAAACGAUAUAGAUGAUCAAAUAAAAAAAGAAGAUUUAGAUGUUAAAGAUUUAAAAGCAAAUAUUUUAAUAAAAUUAAAAAGAAUUAUUGGCAAUAUAAACUUUGUUAAUGAUGAAGAAACACUUAGAAGAAUUAGUGUGUCAUUGAGUAGAGUUGAAAAUAGUGUGGCCAAAGUACAAAAUGCACAUGAAUGUUAUGAUGAUUAAUUAUUAUUAAGAAUUAAAAUCUUUUUUAUUUCUUUUUUUUUGUAAAACUUUAAUUUAAUAUAUGAUUUUUUAAUUAUUGUAUCAUAUUUGAACUAAAAAUAACUUAUUCAAUACUCUGUUGUAAAAAGAAUUUAUUGGAUUCUGACUUAUUGAAUAACGGUCAUUGAAGCACAGACUCCUAUUUUCUCAUUUUACUGAUCAUUAUUAUGCAGUAGCAAUGCUAAAGUUAAUUUAUGAACAAAUCAACUGAUCUUGAUAAUUUUUUUUGCAUAGAUUUAGGCUGUUUAUUGUUUAUUCCUAUCAGAAAGAAAACUAGAUGCCUCUUAGUUUAUUUCCUUUUUGAGUGGAGUGUAUACUUUGUACUUAUAGACUGAGGAUAGCUUUGUAAAUACUAUUUUAACUGUUAUAUUAUUGUGUAUAUCUAGUCUGAAUUUGUAUGUAUAU